CCUUGUGAGGGAAAUGAUGAGUUGAUGUUUGGUCCAGGAGCAUCCAAAACAGAUUAAGGUUUUAACGAGGCAGCCGAAAUUGACAUAUGACCAUCCAAAGGGGAGUGUUGUAAUAUAAUGUGUGGAUGGCCCACAUGAAUAGUUCAUUACUAUUCAUCCAAAGAAAAGUGGAUGGAUUAUUGGAUGAGUAUUUCGCUAUACAUUUGAGAAAAGGUUGUAAAGUGAAUAAUGUUGCUAUAGUGAUUCUUUUGUCUAUAAAAUGAAUGUGAGGAGAAGGAGGAGAACCAUACAACAAACGGAAGAAAGAAAGAGGAAGGAAGCAAGAGAGAAAGAAAAGAAGAGAGAGGAGAGAAGGAAGAGAAAGAGAGAUACAUAAUGAAAUACCAGUGAACUGGGCUAGAGAGAAAAGAGAAAAUAGUGAGAUUUAUCUUUAUAUUCCUAUUAUUUUACGUAAUGAAAGAAAGUACUGCUGCUGCCCCGAGGAUGUUGAAAACCAGCAAACGAAGCAAAGAAAUUCUCCCUCCAGGUCCAAGGCCAUGGCCAAUUGUUGGUUGUGUACCACAAAUGUGGAGGAACAGGCCAGCUUAUAAAUGGGUACAUAGCAUUUUGGAAGAAUUCAACACGGACAUUGCCUGCGUAAAAUUAGGAAAUGUUCAUGUCAUCGCAGUGAAAUCACCAGAAAUUGCCAGGGAGUUUUUGAAGAAAAAUGAUGCAGUUUUUGCAUCAAGACCUGUUACAAUGGCCACCCAUAUUUUAAGCAGUGGCUACGUGACCACAGGCGUUGUACCUUGGGGAAGCCAGUGGAAGAAAAUGAGAAGGGUCUUGAUUGCUGAUGUGUUCAAUCAGUCUAGGGUUCACUGGCUACUUGGUAAAAGAAAUGAAGAAGCUGAUAAUCUUGUUAAGUUCCUAUAUAAUCAGUGCUCGGUGAAUCCGAAUGGUUCAGUAGUGAAUGUGAGAACUGCAGCCCUAUUUUACUCAGGAGGUGUCAUGAGAAGGAUGAUUUUCAACUCAAGGUACUUUGGCAAAGGGAGAGAGGAUGGAGGGCCUGGUUUGGAAGAGGAAGAACACGUAUCCGCCCUUUUGACCAUUCUUUUGCAUGUGUACGCAUUCUGUGUAUCGGAUUAUCUUCCGUGGCUCAGAGUGUUUGACAUAGGCGGCCAUGAGAAAAAGGUGAGAGAUGCUUUGAAGAUUACCAAGCAGUAUCAAGACCCUGUUAUAAACGAGAGAUUACAUCAAUGGAGAGAUGGGAAAAGGACGGAGCCUGCGGACCUGCUUGAUGUUUUCAUAUCACUCAAAGAUGCAAAUGGACAGCCUUUACUCUCUAGUGAAGAAAUCAAAGCGCAAAUCACAGAACUGCAGCUUGCAACAGUGGAUAAUCCUUUCAAUGCAGGAGAGUGGGCUCUAUCGCAAAUGCUGAACCAGCCUGAGAUGCUUAAGAAAGCAGUAGAAGAACUAGAUCGGGUGGUUGGAAAGCAUAGGCUUGUUCAAGUGUCUGAUAUCCCUAAGCUCCCUUACAUAAGGGCUUGCUCAAGAGAAGCUCUUAGGUUGCAUCCAGUUGCACCAUUUAACCUACCCCAUGUGUCCAAUGCAGAUGCUGUAGUUGCAGGCUACUUCAUCCCAAAGGGGAGUGCUGUUCUCCUCAGUCGUUUAGGCCUCGGGCGCAAUCCUGAAGUUUGGGAAAAUCCAUUGAGAUUCAACCCAGAACGCCAUCUGAAUGGAGAUGCUGGUCAACAAGUUGAACUGGAAGAGCAUGAGCUGAGAUUCAUUACGUUCUCUACCGGAAGGAGAGGAUGCAUGGGUGGUUCGCUUGGGACUACCAUAACUGUAAUGCUCCUUGCAAGGCUUCUACAAGGGUUUACGUGGAGCAUGCCACCCAAUGUAGACAAGAUUGACCUCACUGAGGCUCUAUCCCUCUUCAAAGCCAACCCUUUGUAUGCACAUGCUAAACCGCGGUUGCCUGCUACUCUAUACUUGGUUUAGUGACCAUGCAUAGAUAAUUUGCCGUUAAUAAAAAAGUAAUUAUGGCGUAUUUCUUAUGCAAGCAAUAAAUGAGAUGUUUUGUUU